CUGAGUUUAGGGAAGGGGCUUGGUCCCGUGCCCGCGCUCCGCGAACGCGCUUCAAAUUAGCAUCGAUGAAGUUUCUGCGAACAUGGCGGAUUUCCUGCCGACCAGGUCCGUGUUAAAAGUUUGCCUACCCGUUUGCCUGCUUAACAACGGCGAAGUGGAACAGUUGCGAAAGUCUAAAGAGAUCGACAGAUGUCUGUCCCGGGAGAAAACGUACGUAAAACGGCUGGUGAAGAUCCUGCUGCUGGGCGCUGGCGAAAGCGGCAAGUCGACUUUCCUCAAACAAAUGCGAAUCAUCCACGGCCAGGACUUCGACCAGCAAGCCCGAGAGGAGUUCAAAGCUACGAUUUACAGCAAUGUUAUCAAAGGUAUUCGUGUGCUGGUGGACGCUCGAGAAAAGCUGCACAUCCCGUGGGGUGACUCGAACAACCAGCAGCAUGGCGAAAGCGUGAUGGCAUUCGACACCCGGUCAUCUAAGAUGGCCAGCGGGCAGCUGGAGACAUCAGUGUUUUUGCAGUACCUGCCUGCCAUUAAAGCUCUGUGGGCGGACUCGGGCAUACAGAACGCCUAUGAUCGUCGCAGGGAAUUUCAGCUGGGUGAGUCAGUGAAGUAUUUCUUGGAUAAUCUGGAUAAGCUCAGCGAGCGGGAUUAUCUUCCCAGUCAACAGGACAUCCUGCUGGCUCGGAAACCCACCAAGGGUAUCCACGAGUAUGACUUUGAGAUCAAGAACGUUCCAUUCAAGAUGGUGGAUGUGGGAGGGCAGCGGUCAGAGCGAAGGCGCUGGUUUGAGUGCUUCGACUGCGUCACCUCCAUCCUUUUCCUCGUCUCGUCCUCAGAAUAUGACCAGGUGCUGAUGGAGGACAGACAGACCAACCGGCUCCGUGAAUCGCUCAACAUCUUCGAGACCAUUGUCAACAACCGUGUUUUCAUCAACGUUUCCAUCAUUCUCUUCCUCAACAAGACAGACCUGCUGGAGGAGAAGGUGAAGAGCGUUCCACUCAAGGACUAUUUUUCCGACUACACUGGGCCGGAGCACAGCCUGCCGGACAUCCAGGCCUUCAUGGUAGAGUGCUUCCGGGCCAAGAGACGCGACGCUAUGCAGAAGCCCCUGUACCACCACUUCACCACGGCCAUCAACACGGAGAACAUCAGGCUGGUGUUCCGGGACGUCAAGGACACCAUCCUCCAUGACAACCUCAAGCAGCUCAUGCUUCAAUGACCCCCGAAAACCUGUGAAAAUAGGAGGACCUGAAUAGGGACAAACCACCCCCCUCGUGCCUGAAGAGGACUUGGGAGAGACCAGCCUCUGAAGAAUCGGAUAGAAGUCACCAUUCUUCUUCAGACAUUUUUAUAUUAGUUUUUACUCUCCUCUUUGAAGAGUUGGCCCUCUUGUUAGUUCAGGAUCUUAUUGGGGAACAAGUCAGUUGGGCAGACUGUGGUAAUGUAGAAAGACAAGAAGCUGGUUUGGAUCUUGGAUAACAUCUAAUCCCUACUGUUUCGGUCCUCUGUCCUGAUCUCUGCCUCACAGUAAAUGACUUGCUGGGGUGCCAGUGCUGGCGCCAGUGGAAGUCGGUAAAACGUUUGACAAACCAGGUGAAUGGUUUCUAAUCCAGAUAUACAUCUUGCAAAGCAACAAACACAGGAAAUAACCACAGUGAAACAAGUACUGCUUAAGUGACACGUAAAUCAGAUUUUUCUGUAAACCGAUCGUCUGUACCAGAAUUGUUUGGCCAGUUUGUGUCCAAGCAUUAAAUUUAGUUCAUCCAAAUUCACCCCAAUAUUCCCAUUUUACUCACCAGUGCUGCUUUAACAUGGCUUUUGAGCCUUGUUAGGAGGAAUUAACUUGUUAAUGAUCCAGAGACUGAACGGCUGUCUUUUUUUUUUUUUUUUUUUGCCUUGCACUGCCAUUUUUCCUUUGUUGCAUCACUUUGUCUUGGUUUAAGAUCAGCAGGUUUUAGCUGCCGGCAUCGAGCCAAAUUUUGCCUGAACGAGGACCCGCUAAAGAGCUGCGGAUCACAAAAGCACUCGAAACGAUUAGACGUUUAAACAAGCUCCAGCACUGGCACCUUGUUUGUAGAAAACUACAAGAAGAGGGUACAACCACGAGACUGAACCUUUUUGUGUAAUUUCUUAAUACCUAAUUACUGUUCAAAUUUUCCUUUAGAAUUUAAGUCAAUCUUAGCUUCUUUAAUAAGAUGAUUAAGAUGCAUGCAUACCUAUUUUGGUUAUUGAGAGGGUAAAAAGUUGUGCCAGUGAGUGAACAUGCAGUCCACUGUUUUCUCAGGGUUUAAUCAGAACCGGUGUCAAUAGUUAUGUAAUUGUUCGUGAACUAAUCAAAUAAUCUCCGAUCUGGGUUGCAGUGGAGUAGCUCAGUCAGACCUUCACACCGUUCUCUGGGUCGGGUUUAGAACUGCAUCCUGCUUACGUUGUCCCAGAAUGCCCUUCUGUCUGCCUUUGUUUUCAUCUCUGAUUAGAUGCCUUGUAAAGGGACGGACCUCUUCUCUUUACCUGAAUAAUGAAUGUCUGUUGAUAAUUGUACAAAAGUUUGCUUUUGAUUGUUUGAAUAUACUGUAACUGACAUUGUUGUGGUCAUUUGUAACACAUCAUGUGAGAAUAUCUGUACUGGCACUGAAUUGUCACUCCAAGCAUGUUUGAAAUAACAUUGAACAUUUCCUUUUCUGCCAUUUGGAUUUCCAUCGGCAUUGAUUGCAUCAUGAUUUUCUAGAAAUAAUGUGACCAAAUAAACAAAGCUACUGGAGUUGAGUUUUUGUCAGUGACUGUACUCCAUAGAGGGCCAAUCUUAUUUAGAGGACAAUUUCCAGGCACUGUUAAAAUCUCUGCUUCUCUGCCAAAUCAGUGCUUUCUGAGGAGUGUUAACGUCAACAGUCUGUCAGGGUGUUUGUUUGUUUGUUUUGUUUUGGGUUUGUUUUUUUCUCCACAAAUGAGCCUCUCCAGCGCUUCACUUUGCUUCCAGUCCUGGCUCUGUAAAUACUCUAAUCUGUUGCUAUGUAAAUAAUAUUCAGGUUUAUCUACUUAUAUGUAAAUGGACGUAGAAAUGUCUUUUUUUUCCCCCAUUCUGGAUGUUUUUUCAGAUCACUGCUUUUCUGAUGAUGACCUUUUGAUGUAGAUCUUAUUUUGUUUGUUUUUCCAUCACCUUUUCAAAUUAAUUCUCAUGCCACUCUAACCCUCAAUAAAAUACACCUUUCUAAUUA